AUGCCCGCGACAUUGAAAGCAGAAAGUGAACUUGAAGGAGAUUCUAUGGAGACUUUAUUUGAUCUAGGGCUGGAUGAUCUUUCAUCAAAUGGAUAUAUCAACGGUGAGGGUAUAUAUAAAUGGAAUACCCGAGUUGGGACCUUGCAGAGGGAGAAUCACGACUUGAUAUUAUUAAUUUUGGUGACCAUUAUUGGUCUGGGAAGGUGCCUGGAGCAGGUUCCUUCCAAGCUUGAGAUCGAAUCUUCGAUCAACAGGACGAUCGAAGAGGUAGAGCGGAUGAUAGACCGGGACGAAAAGCUGCCUAAAUUGUCAAGGGAGCAGAUUGUGGACAUUCUGUUCAACAUCACGAGCCAGGACAUUGAUUCGAUGGAGGAAUCGGUGAGACAAGCGCGGUCUGAUUAUCAGCGAGCGUUGCUGGUGGUCUUGCCGUACAAUUCAAAGGAUGCGAAGAAUCAAGAUAUCAAGGAUUUGUACACCAAGCCGCCGAUGGUCCAGAUAAUUCCUGACUCAGAAGGCAUGAUUCCUUUUUCUUCGAUUCAAGAAGAGAACCCGGUGCUGGACAACUUUAUCAGCUCCAAGUAUGUGGAGGAAAUCAACAACGAGUUUGGGAGCAUGCAAGACAGUUCGGAAGAGAAGGGGGAAUCUGAUCCAGAAAGGUUUAGUUUGAUUAGUGAUGAUUGGGAGAUUGAGACUAAGCAGACGAAGAAUAAUCAGGUUGGUUCUGGCAAAACUGAUAAGACUACCAAGAUGAUGAAGAGUACUGAGCCAGAAGCUGUUACUGUGCCUGCUACUAGGUCUACGGUUAAUGUUCUUACUUCAGAUCAAUGGAGGUACUAUGGUCCUCCUGCUACGCCGAAAACUACCACUUCUACAACUACAACAACUACGACGACAACUACUCAGAAACCAACUACAACUACUCGAAGACCAACUACAUCAACUACAACGACUACACAAAGACCAACAACUACAACAACAACAACCACAAAGUCUCCAUUAAUUGGAUUCUCGAAAGAAUCCCACAGAAAUUGGGUGCCAUUCCUUCCAACCGCAAUGUCAUCAAGCCUAACGGAAGAAGCUUUCUCAAUUCCUCCUUUCAAGAAGCUGCCGACCACCACGACAAUCCAACCUGAGAUUAUCACCUUCGAUAUGAUGGAGAUGAUGAAGGAUGAACCGCAGCCAUCACUAUUUGUCACGCCAAUGUCAUCCCACUCUGAUGAAAAGCUAAUCAAUUCAACAUCACUAAAAGACUCCAAGAUUGAAAUUCCGAUGAGAAACGAAGUGAUGACUCUGCUAAAAUCGAUUGGACUUAGCGGGAGCGAGACUAAGUUAAAUGCCAAUCCUUCAGCAGCCCAGGGGAUCUACGCGACCAAUUUCGAAAUUCCAGAGUCUGAUAGCAUUGGCCAGAUGUCCGCGAUGGGGGUCGACUCCCCGACGAUUGCCAGCCAGAAUACCUUCGAGCAGACUCCCAAGGACGUUCGGCAAGGGUUCAACAACUUGGCGCCAGAUGUUCAGUGGCUGUUCCAGAGAUUUGGCAUGGCUGCUAUGAAAGAUUUGGACUAUCAGAAACAAACUACUACUUCUACGACUACCAGAGCUCCAGUUCCAGUUCGCUGGAAUAACUUCAAGCCUCUUCCGAAUUCCGAGGUCAAGGACGAGUCUAUGAGGGAGUUCCUUGCUAAAUUUGGCUUGGGGACCGACAGAGGCCGCAAGUCUAUGAAAGAUCAGCGAGUAGCAGAAAAAGAUGAUCAGUCAGUGAUAGAAGCCGUUCCUGAGAACAUGAGGGGUAUUCUGGCCAACAUAGGACUCAUAGAACGGAAAAGUCUGCCUGGGAAAGCUAAGCCAACUCCCAGGGUUGAUUCCGAGCCUAAAUUGCACGUCUUCAAGCCCCAUGAGAUUCAACUCAGUGAUCAGCGGCAGCGGAUCAAGAUUAAUCAGCUUCUAGACACUGUUAGGCUUGCUCAGGAAGGCAAGGCUCAGGUUUCUGAUGUUCGCCAAGCUGCUAGCGAGCUUCUGGAGACGGCUAAGACUCUCAAGGAAGGCCCUGACCCGCUGAAUCUCCAAGAAUUGAUGCAGAUGUACAACAACGAGGCUAGAAAUGAGGUCAAGCGGCAAAACAAUUCUUCAAUGUCUGAUGGAACUCCGGAUGCCGAGGAGGAUUCUACUACGUCAAUUACGACAGCUUCUCCCACUCUGGCUACUUCCAGCGAAGCGACAGGUACGGAAAUGCCUAAAGACGCUGAGUUACCAGCAGACAGUGUGGGGGUUCCCAGCGAUUCUAGCAGCAAGACCACGGAGAGCGCUAAUAUCGAUGACCUAGCGGACUCUUUCGGAGGAACCACCAGUGAGCCUGAUCCUGUUUUACCAACGCCCAAGAAAACCGGGCUCUACUUUCUCGUAGAUUGGAAUUCCUUCUUGGAAGUCGGUGAGGAUGAUAAGGACAGUAAGGUCAAUCUGAGGUUCGCUCCCAAGGCUGGAGAUAGGACGCAGUUUAUUCCUGUUGUUAUUCCGUAG